CGCACUAAAGCGCAUUAGAACCGGAGAAGGUGAUGGAGAAAGAAUGGCGAAGAAGUGGUGGCUCGUGCGUUUUUGUUGUGCCUCCUCUAUUGCGGUACUCACCUGUUUCCGUGCCGACAGAAACGAACCGAUCGAGGUACGAUCGACCUGCUUCCAACCAAAAGGCUGCUGAUGGUUUCGGAUGGGACGCGGAGCGCGCGAACUGCACGGUUAAACGGAAAAUGAGCGCCGCGAUUUUCGACGGUUCGUUUUGAAUUCGCGCGAUUUUCGUGGUUUUUUUUUUGGACGGUAGGGAAUUCGAGUGAUUGGAUUUGCGAUUUUCGGUUGGGUUUUGUUGGUAGUUGUGACGAUGUGUAGCAAAGUACAAAUUACAGAAUUGGUGGAUAAGCUCCAUUCGGGGUUGCCGAAGUGUUCGUUGAAACUUCCAGCGUGGGAUAAUUUAACCAACGCCCUGCCUCGAUUGCACAUUCCAGCCAUGCCAGCCGUGCGAUCCAAGCGCGGCUGGUGCGGCUGUUUCCAAGAUGAUGAACCACCCGAAAUAACAUACUGCGUGGUGGAAAACACUGGAACUCUCACCCUUCAAGCUAUAACUCCUACACAACCGAUGCCCUCGCAGGAAGAACUUGACACCAAAUUCGCAGAACUUGUGGAGGAAUUAGAUCUAACAGCGCCGAAUAAGGCUGCAAUGAUGAGCCUUCCGCCGCAGAAGAAAUGGCAAAUUUACUGCUCAAGAAAAGGCGAAGACACCGAGGACCAAACGCACGCUCCGGAGCUGUACAUCGAAAGACUACAAAACCUGGCAACGCUGGAAUACCCUGAAACCAACACCGAAGAAGAAGUCAGAUCGAGGACCAAACAAAUCGACGGACUGAAGACUGCUUUGCGUACAUCCACGCACAGUUUCGUGAUAAAAUUCAUCGAGCUCAACGGCCUGACGGCCCUUCUGGAGUGCUUAGAACGCAUGGAUUACUUCACCGCUCAAAGCUCAAUACAUACCAGUUUCAUUGGCUGCGUCAAAGCUCUUAUGAAUAAUUCGACUGGUCGUGCGCACGUAUUAGCGCAUCCUACCAGCAUCAACACCAUCGCUCAAUCGCUGAGCACCGAAAACAUCAAGACCAAAAUCGCCGCUUUGGAGAUCCUCGGCGCCGUGUGCUUGGUGUCCGGCGGCCACAAGAAGGUCCUCGACGCCAUGCUGCACUACCAGAAGUACACGUUCGAACGGACGCGCUUCCAGAGCAUCGUCAACGACUUGGACCGAUCGACGGGCGUCUACAGAGACGAGGUCAACCUGAAGACGGCCAUCAUGUCGUUCGUCAACGCCGUGCUGAACUACGGCCAGGGCGAGGAGAACCUGGAGUUCCGGUUGCACCUGCGCUACGAGUUUCUGAUGCUCGGCAUCCAGCCGGUGAUCGACAAGCUGCGCGGCCACGAGAACGAGACGCUCAACCGCCACUUGGACUUCUUCGAAAUCGUGAGGAACGAGGACGAGAAGGAGCUGGCGAGGAAGUUCGAGCAGGAACACAUCGACACCAAAAGCGCUACCUCUAUGUUCGAAAUCCUCAGGAAAAAGUUAUCUCACACCGCUGCAUAUCCACACCUUCUAUCUCUUUUGGAGCAUUGCUUGCUGUUGCCAUUAGAUUACGGUUCGUAUCCGCAGCAUUGGUUGCUGUUCGAUAGGAUAGUCCAGCAAAUCGUUUUGCAACAACAAAGCAACGAUAGUUCCGUUAAGAACCCGGACGUUUCUGCCAUCGACAUAAACGUCAAAGAAGUCGUCCAUCUUUUAGCCAAAGAAGAGGAACUGAUAGCCGCCAGACAGAAGGCCGACGAACUGGAAAAGGAGAACAUCGACAUGUCCAAUAAAUUGGCCAAAAAAGAACAGGAAUUGGAUCAAAGAACCCAGGAAAAGGAAGACUUGGAAACGAGCGUGAAUAGGUUCAAGGAGCGCCUGGAGAAAGAAACCAGCUCGCACAUCGAGACCCGACAAAGGUUAAACGAACUGGAAUACAAAACAGCGGAACUGGACCGUCAAAUCAACUGCGAACGAGGCGAACGCCACCGCCUGGAGCUGCUCGUCAACUCCGGCUCGAUUCCCGACGACGCCAAGGCCAUCGGCCUCAACAAAUCCCUGGACGCCUCCGUGGAGAGUCGAGGCGAGCUGACGAAAAUACCGCCGCCGCCGCCGUUGGCUCCCCCGCCGCCGCCCGGGCCUCCCGGACCGCCGCCGCCGCCGUGCGCGCCCGUCGCGCCGCCCUCGGAGCCGCUCAAGGUGGGCCUCGCGAAGAAGAACGUGCCGCAGCCGACGCAGCCGUUGAAGAGCUUCAACUGGUCGAAGCUGCCCGACGCGAAGCUGAACGGGACCAUUUGGAGCGAGCUGGACGACAGCAAGCUCUACAACACCAUGGAGUUGGACAGCAUCGAUAAGUUGUUCUGCGCUUACCAGAAGAACGGCGUCGCUAACGACGGUUCGAUAGAAGAUCUCCGGCAUAUAGGCAAGAAUCGAUCGAAAAUACUUUCGGUUAUCGAUGGUAGGCGCGCUCAGAAUUGUACCAUCUUGUUGUCGAAAUUGAAGAUGUCCGAUGAAGAUAUCACCAAAGCCAUAUUGACUAUGGACAGCAAGGAGCAACUUCCUAUGGACAUGAUCGAGCAGUUGUUGAAGUUCACGCCGAGUUCCGAAGAAACUGCUCUAUUGGAAGAACACAGCGACGAAAUCGACUCGUUGGCCAGGGCCGAUAGGUUCCUGUUCGAGAUAUCAAAGGUGCCGAGGUACGAGCAACGUUUGAAAAGCCUCAACUACAGGAAACGCUUCCAAGUUACCCUGAACGAAAUAUCGCCGAGGAUCACCAGCGUGAUGGAGGCCUCCAGAGAGGUGUCCCGCUCCAGGCGGCUCAGGAAAAUCCUCGAAAUCGUCCUGGCGCUGGGCAACUACAUGAACCGCGGCGCCAGAGGCAACGCCUCAGGUUUCCGACUGACCUCCCUCAACCGACUGGGCGAUACCAAAUCCAGCGCUUCCAAGGGCACCACGCUCCUACAUUACUUGGUGCAAGUCCUCGAAAAGAAGUUCAAAGACGUCCUGCGGUUAGACGACGAUCUACCGCACGUUCGGGAAGCGGCCAAAGUUUGUUUAGGAGAGUUGAACAAAGACAUGGCUCAAUUGCGAGCCGGCUUGAAGGACGUGGCCAACGAAAUCGAAUACCACAACAGUCAAAGUCCCUUAGCCAACGACAUGUUCAUACCGGUUAUGAGGGAGUUCCAAGCCACCGCCACCUGCAGGCUCGCCGAGAUCGAAGACCAAUAUCAGGACAUGAAGAAUCGAUUCGACAGGGCAGUUCGCCUCUUCGGCGAGGACCCCAACACCACGCAGCCGGACGAGUUCUUCGGCAUCUUCGACACCUUUUUGAACGCCUUCGGCGAGGCCCGACAGGACAACGAGAACAUGCGCAGGAGGCAGGAGGAGGAGGAGAAGCGCGCCAAGCAGGAGGCGGAGCUCAAGAAGCUGACGCUCGAACGGAAGCACAGCCGAGAGGGCAUUUUGACGUCGAUCAACAAGAGCCUGAACUUGAAGAGGAACGAUAAGAACGGUGAUAAGGGCGAGUUCGAUGACUUGAUAUCGGCGUUGAGGACUGGCGACGUGUACGGGGAAGACAUAGCGAAGUUCAAGAGGUCGAGGAAGAGCCGAGUGGGGACGGGCAACUCGCCGCCCAGGAGGAACUCGACGACGCGCGAGGACAGCAGGGAGAGGAUCGUGACGAACGGCAGGAGGCAGUAGAAUGUUGGUUAUUUUUUUGUAUAGGAAAAUUCGAAGGAAAUAUCGCUUGAAUAAAUGCUCGAAUAUUUUGAGGUUUGUAUAUUUGUUUCUGUUUUUUUUUUAAUUUGCUGUAAAUAUAUUUUUUACUAAUUGAUAGUUUAUAUUAUCGUUUUAUUUUUUCGUUUGUAUUUCGAAUAGAUUGUUGUCGAGUGGAAUUGUUUGGAUUAAUACAGAAAAUAUGCUCACUGAUGAAUGGUACGGAUAAUUUUGCUCAUUUAAUCGACAAUAUUUUAAUUUAUUAAUACAAUAUCAAUAGAUGAAUUAAUAUUGUAUCAAUUCAUUAUUCAACAACAAGUCCAUUCGACUUAUAAUGCGCAGUUGGAAAUUUUUGAUAAUCAAUUUUUACCAUUUUAUAGCUUGAUAACUUUGUGAUGAACGAAUAGUUUGUAGGACAUACAUUUUUUUAACGAAUAGCAACGCUUAGAACUCGUUGUAACAUCAAUUAACAUAACUUUAUACAUCGUAUUUAUUGGGAUUUUUUUAUAUAAAAUUUUAUAAACAUUCCGAAAAGUGUUUAACAAUUUAAACAACCUUUUUAUUUGUUAAAUGCUAGUAAUAUAUUUGGUAGGUAUGUAAAUGUAUUUAUAUAAAUAUGAGUACGCAGUAUCCAAAAAGGUAUAUUGAUUAUUUUCUAUUUUGAAUAAAAAGGAACAAUUAAUUAACAAAUACGACGAAUUUUUAUCCGAUUUUAAUUAUCUAAUUUUUUGGACGCUGUUUUUAUAACAUUCAUAAGUGUUGUAAGAGGUAGUUGAGUAGUAGGAGCGAUUUUAUAAUAAAGAUUUAGCAAGACGAAUUGUGCUAUGUAUUGAAAUUGAACUGAUUUACACUUUUUAAUGUUGAAAUAUAUAACUGUUAAUUUAUAAAUUGUCAUUUUUCUCAUUACUCUGAGUAGAUUCGUUGCCAUUUCCAGCGCCUCAUUCAUGAAGAAGAAGAUAGAACUGUAGAGUUUUCUUAUAGAACUCUUCAGCUUUCUUAUAAAGCUGCGAAGCUUUCUUGUAGAACUGAAUGAAGAAAAAUGAAUAGAUGUUUUAAAAGUAGGCAUCAAUAAUUGAAAACACACAACAGUACUCUACAUAGUUUAUUCUAUAAAAUCAAGCAUUAUUAAGAACUCGUCGGUUAAAUAGUUAUCGGGUAGAUCGGCCAUUCGAAUUUGAAUUUUCUCGUAGGCAUUUCAAAUUUCUUUUUAUCGACUUCAUGCUUUAUCAUCUUGUGCUUCCCGCCUUUUCGUUGCAUCUGCUUCAUCGGCAUCUUUCCUUCGUGAUGCAAAUUGUUUUUCUUCUCGUUCGGCUUCACUUUCAUCUCUACGCAACCGAAGUUGUGCCUUAAACUGUUCAAAUUCGACAGUCUCAGUUCCACUUUUAUGCACAUAGACAAACUGUUGGGUUUCACUUUCAUAUUUUCCACGGCAACACAAGCGGAUAUUGGCAGCUCCAAGAACGGCGUCUGGUGCUUUAUGGGGAAGCAAUAGGUUUUUGGUUUCGAUUCUAGAAAAAAAUAUAUACCAAUUUAUGCCCUAAUAAAUUUACUUCGGAUCAAAUUCACGUUUUUACUGAAUGUGGUACUGUAUUAAUAUACAAGUGGAAGGCCAAUUUACAAAGUACAUAAAUCAACUACUCACUUAUACCGCGCUUGAGAGACCUAGUCGAUCCUUUUU